CCCGCGCCCGGCCCCCAGCCCCGCGGCGGCGCGGGGGGCGCGGGGCCGCCGGGGGGGCGCGGCGUGUACAUCCGCGAGUUCCGCGCGGCCGAGCAGGAGGCGGCGCGCCGCAUCUUCUACGACGGCAUCAUGGAGCGCAUCCCCAACACGGCCUUCCGCGGCCUGCGGCAGCACCCGCGCACGCAGCUGCUCUACGCCCUGCUGGCCGUGCUGUGUUUUGCCCUGACCCGCUCGCUGCUGCUGACGUGCCUGGUGCCGGCGGGGCUGCUGGGCCUGCGUUACUACUACAGCCGGAAGGUGGUCCUCGCCUACCUGGACUGCGCUCUGCACACGGACAUGGCCGACAUCGAGCAGUACUACAUGAAGCCCCCCGGCUCCUGCUUCUGGGUGGCCGUGCUGGAUGGCAACGUGGUGGGCAUCGUGGCGGCGCGGGCCCACGAGGCAGACAACACGGUGGAGCUGCUGCGCAUGUCCGUGGACUCGCGUUUCCGUGGCAAGGGCAUCGCCAAGGCGCUGGGCCGCAAGGUGCUGGAGUUCGCUCUGGUGCACAACUACUCGGCGGUGGUGUUGGGCACGACGGCCGUCAAGGUGGCCGCACACAAGCUGUACGAGUCGCUGGGCUUCAGACACAUGGGCUCGAGUGACCACUACGUGCUGCCCGGCAUGACCCUGUCGCUGGCCGAGCGCCUCUUCUUCCAGGUCCGCUACCACCGCUACCGCCUGCAGCUGCGCGAGGAGUGACCGCGUCCCGCCUGCCCGCCCACCUGCCGCCCCGGCCGCCCCGUCCGCCUGUGCCCGCCUGCCCACCGCCCGGGCCCGCUUCCAGACGCUCACCUUGGCGUUCGUGUUGGGUUUUCCCUUUUCAACAUCACGCGGUUCUCUGCCUGGUUCUCCGGGGCUGUGGGGCUGUUGCUCGUCUGUGACACUUUUGGGGCUGGGUUGUUCGCAGCCACGGCCCCUCGCGCUCUCCGGCCUUCCGGGGCCGCACCCUGAAGAGUGACAGCAUGGACUGCCACGCGUCCACACGGCUGCUUGGCCUGCUCGAGGGGCCUCUUCCCGCCCACCGCCAUCAGGGCAGGCGCAGCCUGGCCCACCAAGCACAGGACCUCCUCGACGAGGCCCCCCCCCCCACCGCCCAGCAGACCCCUGGCCACCGGCCAGGCUAUGGCUCAGCUGUCGGCUCCCGGGAGGCGUGGCCUGCUGGGCCGGCCGGCCGCUGCCCCACGGGCACGGAGCUAGCCGAGGGUCCCGCUUUGCUCUGUGCAUGCUGAGGACACGGCCUGGCUGCAGCAUGCCGCAUGCCCCACGGCCUCCCGCCCUGCUGCCCCGCUCAGACUGGGCCUAGACUGGUGAGCGCCCCCUGCCCGGCCUUUGAGCUAGCCACGGCAGCCCGCCUGCCCUGGGAGCGGGGGGCGUGCCUAUCUCUCGCCGCCCCUCGCUCCACCCAGCCCAGCUUUGCUUUGACAUGGAGUCACGUUUCUUUCCUUUUGGUCCCUGCCCCUCCCCUCCCUGCCCCAGCUUUGCUGACUGGCAUCCUCACCCACGUGUGGUUCCCGUAGCAACCUGUCGCACAGCCUGGUCGGGGUCCUUCAGGAGAGCAGGGUGGGGAGGCAGUCACGUGGUCGCCUCUCCCCAGUGCCAGCUAGAGUACGGUGGCCUUCCCCAGACCUCCCCGAGGACCGCCCUGCCUCACGGCUGCUGGGUUCUGCCCUGUGAAUCUUACUUUACUCAGCCAGGCCGCUGCCAACACCACUGAGCCCACAGCUUCUCCCAGCCUGAAACCGACCUGUUUUUUAAUAAGUUAUUUAGACAGAAUAGCACUCUGCAUGACUUUAAUUCUUGGGACAAAAUGGUAGUUUAUACCUUCACGCACACACACACACACACACACACACACCCGUCUAGAAUAUGCACUACUUCUGGCCCAGUUUGGUGGGGGUGGGUGGCCGGGUGGGUGGAGGGUUUCAGAUUUUGAAAUCUGGAGGGAGAACCCUGACUUAGCAUUCUUUCCCCCUAAAGAGCAUUCCUGGUUUGUGGGGAGGUUCUGGGCUGCCCUGUCCAGCCUUGGCUCGUAGGACUGAACUCAGGAUGGCAGCAGGUUUCCCCCGAUGCCUUUGGGAGGAGCGAGCGCUGUCUGCCUUGGCUGGGGGGGGAGGGCGGUACCGGCGUGCCUGUGCCCCCCCCCCCCACUCCCCGCCUCUCCCUCUCAGGUGGGAGGUGGCUGUCAGGCGUGGGGUAGCCUGGACGGGGGAGGAAAGGGGAGGAAAGGGGAGGAUGGCAGGGCCCACUUGUCCAGCUUGUGAGUCUGGACCCGGCCGUGGGGGCAGGAGGGGCAUGAAUACGGCCACCGAGGCCCCUCUACUUGGUGGGGUGAGGAGCGGGGGUGGCAGGCACAGUGGGCCGCUGAGCUCGGUCCCGUGUGCGGGACACAGAGGGGACGUUCUUAAAAAGGCACUCCGGAAAUCAGCAGAUGGGUAAAACGAGCCCAGUUUCCCGAGGGGCCUUUUGUGCCUCAGCAAUCGAGAUAUUUGCAGAACAUUGUACAGACCCCGCUGUCCCCUGUACAUUUCUCCCUGGUGGCGUCCAGUCCCUGCUUGGGGAUGGGAGUUUUGUAGACUGUACAGAAAUCGGCACCCUAUUUUCUUGCAGCUCUCAGAUUUUGUUAAUCUGGAUUAUACAGACAGACGUAAAGUGUUUUAGCAAAAUGGAAAACAAACAGUUGUGCCUUUUUCCUCUUUUUGUUCGGAUUGGUUUGGGCUUGGGGCGGCCUCAGUUGGCGUGGGGCG